CGUUGGCGAUUCGCGACAUCAAAGACGAAUACGACUAUAUCGCCAAACAAGGCAAGCAGGACAUGGAGAGCUGGUACAAACUCAAGGUAUCGGAAGUCCAAGGAUCAGCCAAUCGUGCCAAUAUGGAAUCGACCUAUCAACGUGAAGAAGUCAAGCGAAUGCGCGAUAAUAUCGGUGACCUUCGUGGCAAACUCGGCGAUUUGGAGGCCAAGAACGCACUCCUUGAAAAGGAAGUCCAGAACCUUAACUAUCAGCUCAAUGACGACCAGAGACAGUAUGAAGCAGCGCUAAACGACCGCGACGCGACCCUGCGCCGCAUGCGUGAGGAAUGCCAGACGCUCGUGGCAGAAUUGCAGGCGUUGUUGGACACGAAGCAGAUGCUCGACGCCGAGAUCGCGAUAUAUAGGAAGAUGCUCGAGGGAGAGGAGAGCCGUGUUGGACUGCGGCAGAUGGUCGAGCAGGUGGUGAAGACGCACUCGUUGCAGCAGCAAGAGGACACGGACUCGACGCGUAACGUGCGCGGGGAGGUGUCCACGAAGACGACCUUCCAACGCAGUGCUAAGGGCAAUGUAACCAUCUCCGAGUGCGACCCGAACGGCCGUUUCAUCACUCUCGAGAACACUCAUCGCUCG